AUGGGGGGUAAAAAAAACCAUCAUAAAAAUAAAAACAAUAAAAAUAAAAGCAAUAGUAAUAAUGUUAUAAAUAAUAAAAAUGAAAUAAUUAUAAAGGAAAAUGAAGAGAUAAAGAAAAAAGAUGAUGAAGAGAAAAUCCAACAACAACAAGAUUCAAAAGUUACUGCAAUUAUUACAACAGAGGACGAGGAUUUAGAUGAUGACAGUGAUGAAGAGGAAGCUAAAAUAACAGAAUAUUGGGUUGAAGACUCACCAAUGAAACAAGAACUAUAUGACAGAGAGAAAUUUGGUACAAAUUUAUUAGCUAGUGGUCUACCAGACGAACCUAAAGUUCAAUUUGACACAAUUCAAAAAAUCUAUCACUUUAAUAAACACCCCACAGAACUAUCCCAAGAUUCCUACUACAACCAUAUGGACCAACGAGGCUAUAUGGACGACGAUGAUGAUGAAAUUUACGAAUAUGAUGAUGAAAAUGACUAUGACCAAGGCGAUGAAGAUGAUGAUGAAGAUGAUGACGACGAUGAAGAUGACGAUGUAAUAAUAAAGAAGGUUAGCGAUGAUGAUCAAGAAGGUGAAUAUUUUCAACAAAACUCGUAUGAAAAUCAACAAAAGACUGAACUUGAUGAAUAUGACGACUACGACAAAGAAAUCUCAACAAGAACUUCAAAGAAAAAGGAAUCAACAAAUUUUAGAUAUUACCCACAUAAUAGCAGCGAAAGUGAUACCAGCGAACAAGAGCCAAAAAAAUCCUCACCAAACAAAGACUACGAGUAUGAUGAUGAUGAAGAAGAGGAUGAAGAAGAAGAAGAUGAAGAAGAGGAUGAAGAGGUAUUUAAUAGCGUUGAAGAACACUCUGAUGUAGAGCAAGAAAGUUUAUUUAUAGAUUUUAGUAAAUCAUCCGAUAAUAAUAAUGGUAAUGAUAAUGAUAAUAACAAUGUAAUAAUAAAUCAAAAAACACCACCACAAUCACCAUUAACCAAUGUAAAUUUAGAAUCACCACAACAAUCAACAUCAUCACCUACCUCAUCACCACUAUUAAGACAAUGGGCUCAAAGACCUCAAAAUAAAUAUGUAUCAAAAUACCAACAACCAUCACCAACAUUAACAAGACGAAGCGAAAUUGGAGAUACAGAUAACGAAAUAACACCUACAACAACAGUAGCAACCACUGCUACCACAACAACAGCAACAAGCGAUAACCUUAAAGAAGAAAAUAAAAAUAUUGAACAAGAAAGUGAAGAAGAUAUUUCCAGCCAUGAUGAUGAUGAUGAUGAGGAAAUCGAAAUUAAUUUUAGUGGUAGCGAUAUUGACAAUGAAGAAAUUCAACACAUCAUACGUAAUAGAGAAUCAUUAGAGCACUCGUUAAUGGAAGCCAGAGGCAAAGUAGAAAUGGAAAGAGUUAAAUUAAGAGAAUAUUUUAAUCAGGCCAAGGUAGAUUUAAAGAAAACAAUUGAAGACGUAUCGCAAUAUUUUAUAGAAAUUGCUGCCCCAAGCGAUGACAUAUCACAACCACAACAACAAAUUGUUAUUAAAAGUGAAUUGGAGGAGGUAUCAUCAACUUUAAUUCAACUGGAGAACAAAAUCAUUGAAAUUGAAGACUCACUAAAGAAAUCUAACAAUAAGAAUGAAGCAUCAAGCAAUAGCAGUAACAACAAUAACAAAUUAGGUAUAAUAAAGAGUGGCAAAUCUAAAAUUAAGAUCAACUCAUUAUUAACUGAAUUUGUUCACUUGAAACAACAGAUUGAAAAAGAAAAAACAGAAAAAAUGAAUAGAGACUCUGAAUUAAAAGAUAUUACUGAACACUUAUUAGAGAUGGCAUCACAACUAUCAAAAGCAGUUAUUUCUAAAAUUAAUUCAGAUAGCAAUAGUAGUUUUAGUAACAGUCCAGUUUUAAAUAAUAAUCAUAAUAAUAAUAUAAAUGGUACACCAUUAAUAUCAUCCUCAUUUUUGCAGCAACAGCAACAACAGCAAAAUCAACAAUAUCCUUUAAAUAUAAGCAACUCACCCUCUUCCUCACCCUCUUCUUCAGUAUUUAUACCCUCAAAUACUAGUAAUAAUAAUCAAAAUAAUAAUAACUAUAAUAAUCAAGAACCACCAUAUGCACCUAGAACCAAUCAAUUAGAAAUGGAAAAAGAGAUCGAAUUUUAUAGAAAUCAAAUUGAACAAUUAGAAAAGAGAUUAAUGAGAUGGAAGCAUCAUAAUGAAAUGUUACAUCUAGAGUUAUUAAAUGAUAAACAAAAUAAUUCAGAAGAACUUUUAAAUUUAUCACAUAAAAUCAAAAAAGUAGAAGAAGAAAGAGACAAGCUAUCAUUAAAGAUUGAUGAAUUAAUGGCAGAUGUAGGAGAAAAAGAAGGUAUUGAAAGUGUAUUAUCAAGUAAAAUCGAAGUGUUGAGAAAUGAUAACCAUUCAUUAUUCGAAACUAUUGAAGAAAUGCAAAAAGAACGUGAAUUUAUCUCUGAUAAAUUUAAUCAAGUCAUUUUAGAGAUUAGAGAAAUGGGCCAGAACAAUGUCGAAAAGUUAAAAGAUAUUAUUGAUGAAUUAACAAACGAACGUGAAGAGUUACAAAUCAGUAUCAGAGAUGCUGAAACCGAGAGAUUUAGUUUAAUUGAACAACUAUGCCAAGUUACUGAACAACUAAACCAAGCUGAAAACUAUAGAAAAACAAUGUCUGAUGAACAUGCAAAUCUAUUAUUGUCCUGUGAAAGUACCUUUAAAGCAUUGGAGAAUAGUGAACUAAAAUGCACACAAUUCCAAAUUCAAUUACAGGUCGUAAAUAGAAGACUAGGUUGGACCGAAGGCGAAGUAGAUAGAUUAACUAAGGAAAUUGAUAGAUUAGGCAGAGUUAACUUUGAUUUACAAAAUAAAAAACCAACUUUAUCAAACAGCAAAAGCGAAGAGCAGUUUGAACAAUUACCACAAGAUAAUAUUAUCCAAGAUGAUGAAACUAUAGACUCCUCAACAUUCAACAAUAUUAAAGAUAGAGCAGCAACCAUUAAAAGCAUCCUUUAUAAUGAACGUAAUGAAAUCAUUCAACUAGGAAGUGAUUUAUCAUUGGUAAUUGAAAAGGGCAAAAUCAAUAGCAAAAAGACCAUUCAAUGUUUGAAGGAUUUUAUCUUAAAAGAAAUGGAGUUUACAAAGUCUGAUAUUACAAACAAACUUUCAGAUAUCGAGGACCAAAAGCAAGCCAUUCAAACCCAAAACUUUAACAAUGAACAGUUACUUUUGGAGGAAAUGAAUCAACAAAAAUUAAAACUAUGUGAAAUGCAACAAAAGAUAUUGAAAAUUGAAAAUCAAAUAGUUUCUUCAAAUACUACCACUGAUUCUCCAGUUGUUCAACAACCACAACUAUUAAUUGACGAUAGAGAUCAAUUCACCCAACUACGUAAAUUAGAAAAUAAAAUUAGAAAAAUCGAAGCAGGUAUUUCUGAAAUUGUACAAACACCACCUCUUACACCCUCACUAGCCUCAACCACAAUAGUUACAAGCACCACAACAACUCAUCAUACCUAUCUCUCGAAUGGUGUUGAAAGCCCACCACCUUUACAGCAAUCCAUAUCAAUACAAUCACCACCAAUAACCAGUAAAACCAUUACAACACACACAUACAUCGAUAAUGAUAAACCAACAUCCUCUUCAUCGUCACUAAAUAAUUCUAUCGAUGGUGCAAAUCAAAAAUAUCCAGUACCUUCAAAUAAUAAUAUUGAUAAUCAUAGCAUUACUAUACCAAUUCAAGAAGAUAACACCAAAGUUCACAAAUUUGAUAAAGGUUCAACUACAACACCAACAUUAUCAAGAGCAUCAACAUCAACAUCAACACCAACAUCAGAUACCACAGUUUAUUAUGAUAGUAUUUAUAAAUCUAAGCAAACUGCUGAAUCAAACCCAAAGACAUUAUCAACACUCCUCAAAUCUGUUACUAUUAACUCCAUUUUACUAGGAACAUCAUCAACUCUUUCAAUUAUGUACUAUAGAUUAUUAAACAACACCGCCAUCAGUACCAAUCAUUUUACUCAAGGCUCGGUCAUUGACAUUACAAAUAAGGAACAAUUUAUAUCACUAUUAAAAUUUGGAUGUAAAUUUGGAUUAUUUGUAGCAGGCGGAUUUAGUUUAUUAAAAUUAUUAAAUAUUUCAAACUAUCCAAAAUCAAAUAGAAAUACACCAACCGACCAAGAUAAUUUAGAAACAACCCCCACCGAUACACCAACACCAUCAACAAAGAAUCAAUAUAUAAUCAGCGGAGUUAUAGGUGCAACUUUACUUGGUGGUAUUUUAUAUAUAAAAGAGAAAAAACCAAUUUAUUUAUUAACAGGAAGUUUAAUAGGUUUAACAAAUAGUUUAAUUUUAAAUAAAAUUAAAUUAGACUAA